AUGUCAGUGAGCGUGAUUCUGAUGAUUUGAAUAAAGAAAAUGAGAGAAACAAAGAGACGUCAAAUUGGGUAGUGUACCUAACUCAGACUGAGAAAUUUUCCAAUAAUGCUAAAGCCAGGAAAACUUCAGAUCAAGUGAUUUGUGAGAUGAACAAAGAGGAGUUUAAUUGGGUAGUGUAUCUGACUCAAAUUAAGAAAUUUUCUGAUGAUGUUAAAUCCAGAGAAAUUUUAGAUCAAGUGGUUCAUAUGACUAAGGGAUUUUCUGAUGAUGUUAAAGCUAAGGAAACUUCAGAUCAAGUGGUUCGUAUAGUAUCAAUUGAGGAUGGCAAGAAUGGAAAUGAUCAAACCAGCCAGUUUGUCUAG